CGAGACGUAUCGCAAGUGAACUUAGUGAAGUAGUCUGGCGUGUUCUUGGCGUGCGACAACUCAAAAAAAGUCAAGAAGCGACAGAGCAAGCACAAGCACAAGCACCAGCUCCAUCAGCACAACACCAGACAUGGCCACCGUCCUUCCACCGCCCUCAAAACGGCAGAAGCGGGAAGCGCAAAACCCAGAGAUCGAUCUUCUCCCGCAAGACUUCCCCUCUGUCCAGAUCUCAUUCGAAUCAGCCGAUGGCCAGGCCUCAGAGACGCUGCUGGUGCCCGGCACAGCCUCGGUCGCGGACCUUGAGAUGCUCAUUAAUAUGCAUGUUGCUCCGUCAGAGGAUGGGCCGGUGCCGUAUACCUUUAGCGUGGAUCAAGUCAAUCUGCAACGCGACUUGUACCAUGACUUGUUCAAGACGGAUCGACACACAACAGAAGAUUUGCUCAAGGUGGUGUAUACGCCUCAAUCUGUCUUUCGCGUACGUCCCGUCACUCGCUGUACGGCAGAACUGCCUGGUCAUGGUGGUAGUAUUCUCGUGGCUGCCUUUGCACCGCACACAUCAUCGCUUUGUUGUACGGGCGCUGGUGAUAAUACCGCCAGAAUAUGGGAUUGUGAUACGGAAACGCCAAAGCAUACACUCAAGGGCCAUACAGGCUGGGUGAUUGCUGCGAGUUGGGAGCCAGAAGGGACGUGUGUUGCAACAGGCUCGAUGGAUAAUACUGUACGUGUAUGGGAUAGCAAGACGGGGACUGAGGUGGCUUGCCUCAAGCGGCAUACCAAACCUAUUCUAUCACUCUGCUGGGAACCGCUCGUUUCAAAUGCACGUCUAGCAACGGCGAGUAAAGAUGCUACAAUCAAAGUCUGGCAUGUCGCCAACAAGACGGUCGAUCUCAGCCUCUCUGGCCAUAAAGGACCCGUGACGAGUGUGCGAUGGGGAGGAAAUGGUUGGCUCUACUCUGCUUCGUAUGACCAGACCAUCAAGAUUUGGCAGGUUUUGCCAGGGCAUACAGGGACGACGGGAGGUAAUGGACAAUUACUGCAUACUUUGACGGGUCACGCUGCUCGCAUCAAUCACCUGGCACUCUCAACUGAUCAUAUUCUACGAACGAGCUAUGAUCCAACCACAGGCAAGAUCCUCACCUUGCAGGAACGACAAGCACGAUGGCAACAACAUAUCGCUGCGUCUGCCGGUCAAUGCGAACGUCUCGUCUCGUCGUCAGAUGAUUUACAAACAAUCCUCUGGCAACCUCUUCGACAAACCUCCUCAAAAAGUGGGAUCCGCCUGCAUGGUCAUCAAAAAGUCGUCAAUCACGCUGCUUUUUCACCAGAUGGCGCGUGCCUUGCAACGGCAUCGUUUGAUGGUUCCAUUCGACUUUGGCAUGCGACGACGGGUUCGUUUCUAGCAACCUUACGUGGUCAUGUUGCUGCUGUGUAUCAAGUGGCGUGGUCGUCUGAUUCACGCCUGCUCGCAUCCUGUUCUCACGAUACGACCGUCAAAGUCUGGCAAAUGAGUGAUCGCUCCUUGAAAAGCGACAUGGCGACGUCUGCCGGUGAGGUGUUUGCACUGGAUUGGAGUUGUGAUGGGAGAAAAGUCGUUUCUGGGGGUGCAGAUAAAAAGGUCCGCUUGUUUAGUCACUAGUUCUAGUCUAAAAAAGUACAAAACCAGCAGUGAAUGCAGCAAUGAGACUGACAA